CUUUGAUUUCUUCUACUUCCACCACGCCACUCAAAUCCUUCCUCUAUAUAUAUCCCACUCUCCUCUCUCUCUCUUCCCUCUGCUUCUAUACUAGAGCCCUUCUUUUCUUUAUUUUUUUGUUUUUUGGUUUACGCUCACUCUCUCUAGAGACAUAUCUGAAACCAGUAAUAGUUGUUGCUUGCAGACCUAAGCCUCUGUCGCAGCAGAGCAUUUCUCUUUAGUUAGUUAGUUAACGGUUUCUUUUCUUCUUUUCCCAUUUUGCCCUUCCAUCCAUCCAUCCCAAUGAUUACCGGGAAGGAUCUCUACACCGUUCUAACAGCGGUGGUUCCGCUCUAUGUCGCCAUGAUCUUAGCCUAUGGCUCUGUACGGUGGUGGAAAAUAUUCAGCCCUGACCAGUGUUCCGGUAUCAACCGGUUCGUUGCCAUUUUUGCUGUUCCACUUUUGUCCUUUCACUUCAUCUCAACUAAUAAUCCUUACGAGAUGAAUUUGAGGUUUAUCGCCGCCGAUACUCUUCAGAAGAUUAUAAUGCUAGUGGCCCUUGGUCUCUGGACUAAUCUUACUAAAAAUGGAAGUUUGGAAUGGAUGAUUACUAUUUUCUCAUUGUCAACACUGCCUAAUACUCUUGUCAUGGGCAUCCCUUUGUUAAUCGCUAUGUAUGAUAAGUACGCCGGUAGCCUUAUGGUUCAAGUUGUGGUAUUGCAGUGUAUUAUUUGGUACACGCUUUUGCUGUUCCUUUUUGAGUACAGAGGUGCUAAAAUGUUGAUUAUGGAGCAAUUUCCUGAAACUGCUGCUUCCAUUGUGUCGUUUAAAGUGGAUUCUGAUGUUGUCUCUUUAGAUGGAAGAGAUUUCUUGGAAACUGAUGCUGAAAUUGGUAACGAUGGGAAGUUACAUGUUACUGUAAGGAAGUCUAAUGCUUCCAGGAGAUCUCUAGGCCCUGGUUCUUUUUCUGGAUUGACUCCUCGUCCUUCCAAUCUUACUGGUGCUGAGAUUUAUAGUUUGAGUUCGUCGCGAAAUCCUACUCCAAGAGGGUCGAACUUUAACACCUCUGAUUUCUAUAAUAUGAUGGGUGUGCAAGGAUUUCCUGGCGGUAGGCUAUCGAAUUUCGGUCCGGCUGAUUUGUACUCAGUACAAUCUUCUAGAGGUCCUACUCCUCGUUCAUCCAAUUUUGAAGAAAAUUGUGCUCCAAUGGCUACAAUUUCUUCUCCUAGAUUCGGAUUUUAUCCUGCACAGACUGUGCCUACGUCUUAUCCAGCGCCGAAUCCGGAGUUUUCUUCUACCAAAAACACCAAGAAUCAGCAACAGCAGGAGCAGCAGCAACCACUACAGCAACAACAGCAGCAGCAGAAUCAGAAUAACAAAACAAACCAUGAUGCUAAAGAGCUGCAUAUGUUUGUAUGGAGCUCUAGUGCGUCUCCCGUCUCUGAUGUAUUUGGCGGGAAUGAUUUCGGAGCGGCGCAGCAAUCUGGCCGGUCUGAUCAGGGUGCCAAAGAGAUCAGGAUGUUAGUUGCUGAUCACCCACAGAAUGGGGAAACAAAAGCAAUUGCACAUGCUGGAGAUUUUCCUGGUGAGGACUUUAGUUUUGCUGGUAAAGGUGAUGGAGAAGAUGAUGAGAGAGAAAAAGAUGGACCCACUGGACUUAAUAAACUGGGGUCCAGCUCAACCGCCGAACUCCACCCAAAAGUAGUCGGAGCACCAGAAACCGGUGUCAACAAACAAAUGCCACCGGCUAGUGUGAUGACUCGUCUGAUAUUGAUAAUGGUUUGGCGCAAACUAAUUAGGAACCCAAACACAUACUCCAGUCUUAUUGGCCUGGUUUGGUCUUUAAUUGCUUUUCGUUGGGAUGUGGCUAUGCCUGCAAUAAUAAAGCAGUCAAUCUGUAUACUGUCAGAUGCUGGUCUUGGAAUGGCUAUGUUCAGCUUAGGUCUUUUUAUGGCGUUACAACCGAAGAUAAUUGCAUGUGGGAACUCAGUAGCUGCAUUUGCAAUGGCUGUCCGAUUCCUUACUGGUCCUGCAGUGAUGGCUGCAGCUUCAAUCGCUGUUGGCCUGCGUGGUACCCUCCUCCGCAUCGCUAUUGUUCAGGCUGCACUACCACAAGGAAUUGUUCCAUUUGUGUUUGCUAAAGAGUACAAUGUCCAUCCAGCCAUUCUUAGCACUGCGGUUAUCUUUGGGAUGUUGAUAGCUUUGCCAAUUACUCUUGUCUACUACAUCCUUCUUGGAUUGUGAUGAGCAGGAACGAAGAGGAUUUUGAUUGCUGAUGAUCAUAGUGUGUCACACAUGGCAUAUAGACCUGCAUUGACUGCAGCAGAAAAAAAAAAUUAUAUAUAUAUAUAUAUGUGUGUGUGUUGGUAGUAGAGGAGGAUUAUCCGGCAUAAAAGAAGAAGAUUGCCAAUAGAAAGAAAUUUGCCAAAUGGUUCCAAGAUUCUUGGAGCUAAAAAAAAUGUUUUCUUUUAGAUUAGUUGAAUGCCCUGAUAUAAGGAUCAUGCAGCCAUUAAGAGCCAAGGUUUGUUCGAGUUUCUAUAAUAAGGGUUUUGAAAAGGAGCAAAAGAAUUGAAGGCCAUUUUGCGCAAGGGGAGACAUGAAAGAGGAAAACAGGGCUCAUAUAUAUAAAAAGAAGAGGAGCAUCAUGUAUAUCUCUAUCUUUCAUUCUCUUCAUUUUGAUCAAUUAGUGCAUGUAAAGUCCGAUUUCAAUUCGUCACUUCUGCUGCAAAACGACAGUGAGAAAAAUAUUAAUGAAUUGGAAGAAUGAUAUGAAGAGCGGGAGGGAAAGAAAAACGGGGUUUUCUUUUUUCUCUUUUGGGUACUUUUUUAGUUUUUUUUUGGGGGGGCUGAUAGUGUUUGCUUUUGAAUGUCCGUAGAUCCGGCAAUUAUUUGCGUUUGUCGUCUUUCCUUUGGUUUGUAAUUGAAAUUUAGGAUAUUUAUGAUCAAAACAGGGAAGAUCAUUAGUCAUUAAAUUAUUCAUCAUCUUGUUAAUACAAAGUUAGUGAUGUAAUUUUCUUAAAGAAAAAGACAUGUAAAAUGUUCUGCAUGUCUCUCUCCCCCUAAUAAGUAGUAAUAUCUAACGCUUA